UUGUCCAUUUUCAAGUCCCAAUAGCAAAUGCAAUCGUCAAUUCUCAGAAUGGGAGAAUCCAGAAUUUUAGGAGGGAUGUCUUUGUAUUUUUCUGCUUCCCUUCUUUGUAUUUGUAUUGUUUAUGAUCCUUGUGUUCAAGCAUGGAGCAAAGAAGGCCAUGCCAUGACAUGCAAAAUUGCACAGGACCUGCUGGAACCGGAGGCAAAGCAUGCUGUUCAAAUGCUGUUACCUGACUAUGUUAAUGGGGAUCUGUCAGCACUCUGUGUAUGGCCUGAUCAAGUUCGGCACUGGUAUAAGUAUCGAUGGACGAGCUCUCUUCACUUCAUUGACACACCUGAUCAAGCCUGUAAUUUUAAUUAUCGGAGGGACUGUCAUGAUCCGCAUGGAGUUAAGGAUAUGUGUGUGGCAGGCGCCAUUCAAAACUUCACCAAUCAGCUCUCACACUACCGGCAUGGUACCUCCGAUCGACGCCAUAACAUGACAGAGGCCUUAUUGUUCCUAGCACACUUCAUGGGAGAUAUCCAUCAGCCAAUGCAUGUUGGUUUCACAAGUGAUGAAGGGGGAAACACCAUAGACUUGCGUUGGUUCAGACACAAGUCAAAUCUGCACCAUGUGUGGGACAGGGAGAUAAUUCUUACAGCUGCAACGGAUUACUACGGGAAGGACAUUAACCUUCUGCAAGAGGACAUUGAAGGGAACUUCACUGAUGGAAUCUGGUCCGCGGAUCUUGCCUCCUGGCGAGACUGUACUGACCUUGUUUCCUGUGUCAACAAGUAUGCUGCUGAGAGUAUAAAUAUAGCUUGCAGAUGGGGGAUAAUACUCCGGAAUACAAUCUUCAAAUUCAGUUUUCCUUUAUGGCCUUUCUUUUUUCUGGGCAUCGGAUCUCUUAUUAACCAAGUAGUUGCAAUCUUGUUUAUGCCGACAGAUAAUUACUUUAAUUCAAGACUGCCCAUUGUGAUGAAACGGAUAGCUCAGGGCGGGGUCCGUUUAGCCAUGAUUCUGAAUCGGGUUCUUGGUGAUCAUACGCAAGAGAAUGAUUCUUCUGUUGCUCCCACUUAAUUAAUUCAGCAUUCAACCCCCUAGAUAUUGUAGUUUAAGCAUUCUAACUGUUAGCCUCCAGCACAAUAUUACUGUGCCUUCACAAAUAUUCUCAGCAGCCAAA